CCGCCAUCCCUCACCCUCUCCGUCGACGAUGUCCUCAGUCGUCGAGACUAGAACAGCGACCCCGCUCAAAACCCCUGCGCCACUCAAGAUGGCGAAGGAGGAAGAGCCCGCCGACAUGAACAUUCCCGACAACUACGUCGCAUGGACCCUCAAGACUCAGAAGCCACUGCCUCCUGUGACGUUGAACAAUUGGUGGAAGGAGCUCAACUACCUGAGCUUGUCCAUCCUCACUAUUGUUCCCACCAUUGCGAUCAUUGGCGCAUGCUAUGUCAAGCUGCGCUGGGAGACGGCAGUCUGGAGUGUGCUAUACUACUUUGUGACCGGUCUCGGUAUUACGGCGGGCUACCACCGCCUCUGGGCUCACCGCUCGUACAACGCGUCUAAGCCUCUCCAGUAUGCUCUCGCGGCGGCGGGUGCCGGUGCAGUCGAAGGCUCGAUCAAGUGGUGGUCCCGUGGUCACCGUGCGCACCACAGAUACACCGACACCGAGCUCGACCCGUACAACGCGCAUUUGGGUUUCUGGUGGUCGCACGUUGGCUGGAUGAUCAUUAAGCCGCGUCGCAAGCCUGGUGUCGCUGACGUCAGUGACCUGAGCAAGAACGAGGUUGUCCGGUGGCAGCACCGCUGGUACCUGCAGCUCAUCAUCGGCAUGGGAUUCCUCGUUCCGAUGGCCGUCGCGGGUCUCGGUUGGGGCGACUGGGCUGGCGGUUUCAUUUACGCCGGCGCCGCGCGCCUGUGCUUCGUACACCACUCAACCUUUUGCGUGAACUCACUUGCCCACUGGCUCGGCGAGUCGCCUUUUGAUGACAAGCACACGCCGCGCGACCAUGUCGUGACCGCCCUUGUGACCAUUGGCGAAGGGUAUCACAACUUCCACCACCAGUUCCCAAUGGACUACCGGAAUGCAAUCAAGUGGUAUCAGUAUGACCCGACGAAGUGGUUCAUUUGGGUGUGCCAGCAGCUCGGGCUUGCGAGUCACCUGAAGGUGUUUCCUGAAAAUGAGGUUCGCAAGGGUCAGCUCACGAUGCAGCUGAAGCGUCUACGCGAGACGCAGGAGGGUCUCACGUUUGCGCCGGAUGUGAAUGAGCUGCCCGUAAUCAGCUGGGAAAGCUUCCAGGAGCAAAGCACGAAACGCCCGCUUAUCGUCAUCGGUGGCUUCAUUCAUGAUGUCAGCGACUUCAUGGACGAGCAUCCUGGCGGUCAUCACUUGAUCGCGAAGAACAUCGGCAGAGACGCCACGACUGCAUUCUUCGGUGGCGUGUACGACCAUUCGAAUGCUGCGCACAACUGGCUCUCCAUGAUGCGCGUUGGUGUCUUGCACGGUGGUACGCAACACGGCCUCGACGACAAGACUGUCCCGCCGUCGCAGCGUUUGCGCAUCGCACGUUAUAACGAACUCGGCUCUGGCAACGCGUCGUCGACUGCAUGGUCGGAUGGCGAGGGCCUCCUCGGUUGAGUGCGUUAGAAAAGCGCCUUUGCUUGGUGUGUUGGGUUGUCUGUAAAAUAGUACUUGGAUAUUGUCCUGAGCUUGGUGGGGUGGCUUGGUGGGCACAGGACGGCUGUAUAGAUGUCGAUGUUUUCGAAUAUGCAUGAUGUCCGUCACGACCGAGAUGAAUGUACAGGCGGCUUGUUCCCCUC